GUAAAAAGAAAUGGCUUUUGACUGAAAUUUAAAAAAAAAGAGGACGAUAGUGAAAUCGCAAAACUUCUUCUAGACAAUUCCAUUUUAUCCUCCGGACAUAUAUUUGUCACAUUUUCGGAUGUCUCGUGAAACAUUUGCGGAAUUAAAGAGCGCCUUGGAGCCUUUUUGGAUAACGUCACGAGGGGAAUAUUCAAUGGAUCAGGCCUUGCAUAUUACCUUGUGGAAGCUUAGUAACAGCAGAGUCACUUAUCGUGAACUAUCAGAUAAAUUUGAUGUUUCAAAAGGGACUGCCCACAAAACUUUUCUUAAAACGAUCAAUGCAAUUUGCAAGUUGAAGAAUGAAAUAUGUUGGCCAUCAAUUUCCCAACAGCAAACAAUAAUGGAACGUUUCCAAGCGAGCCGGCAGAAUGCAUUUCCUUUUAUAGUCGGCUGUUUGGAUGGGACACAUUUUAAAACAAACACACCGAAGAAGGAUGCAAUUAGCUACUAUGACCGAAAGGGGAACUAUUCCAUUGUUAUGCAGGGCAUAUGCGGCAGCACAUUUCGUUUCUUGGAUGUUUUUAUCGGCUACCCAGGGAGCUGCCAUGACGCCAACGUAUGGAAAAAUAGUCCGAUAUACAAAGGAAUUACAUCUGGAGAGAUACAACUUGCAAAAGAUGAUAUAAUUUUAGCUGACUCAGCUUAUCAGUUAUGA